AUGUGCUACUAUGGCAACUACUAUGGUGGCCUGGGCUAUGGCUAUGGUGGCCUAGGCUGUGGCUAUGGUGGCUAUGGCUGUGGCUAUGGCUGUGGCCGUGGCUUUGGCUGUGGCUAUGGUGGCUAUGGUUAUGGCUGCUAUCGCCCACUGUGCUGUGGAAGAUACUGGUCCUGUGGCUUCUACUGA